UCGAAAUUGAAAUUCGUUACUAACGUCAACUGAAGACGUUUGGUGAACGCAACAAAAGGCGGUCUUAUUCCGUCAUCAACAUUGAUAAGCUGUUCUAUAAUGAAAAUGAAAUUUUAUUGUUUAGUGACAAGUGAAUGUUCAGAAUGAUUUCACCACAAAAGCUUUGAAGUAUAACUGGAUUCUUUCUAGGAAACUCUGGGUUUUGUCUUUGCUAACCAGUGUCUCCGUGUCGUUCAGUAAAACCGUGUUAUGUAAUGCGCGAUCUUUCAAAUGCGGAAAUACAGAGUAUAGUCAAGCUCCAAGCUCAUAUUCGAGGUAUUCUGGCGCGCACAAGGUUCAAGAAAGCUUUACAAAUUUUUCGAAAUAUAGUAUCGGAAUGUGGUGAAUCCGAAGACAAUUUAAGUCAGUUCCAACACACGUUUAAUCAUUUUGAGAAGAACAGAACAUGUUCAGUCAACAGUACCAAUACUUCUGAGAAGUUAAAACUUCCUGAGCUGUACGCUCUUAGAAACAAUCUUUUCCUCGAAGCUAUAUGGUUAGAUCAGGCUAUCAACAGUCGUCGUCAUUUUCUAAUGUAUAAACAAGACUUUAAUGCACAUUUCGAUCAAUGAGUAUGUAGUGUAAUAUAAUACAACUUAUUUGCUCAUCAA